UUAUUCUUCUCAACAAGUUUCAAGUUUAAGGUUUCUCCUUAUUAAAGUGCAAAAGUUGCACCCAAUCUUUUCAACAUCUCAUUAUUCAUUUUUUCUGAAAUACCCAUCUCUAUUCAUCCUCCAUUUUCAGACCCACAAGCUCAUCAGCUGCAACUGCAUGUGCACAUGUUUGCCAGUAGCAAAUGGUAGAAGUGAUAUCUGAUUCAGUUUCAGGGUUUUGACUUUGAAUGGAUGUAAAUGGUAAAAGAUCAGUAACAGGGGAGAUAAGCAUGACAGAGAACAAAAAAGGUGGUGAUGUGGUGGUGACAAUCUCUAGUGAAGAGAGAGAUUUGAAAAGUGUAAGAGGUGUUACUGAGUCACCUCAUAGAAAGUCAGUUGAUUCACAUCCUGAACAUGCAGUUUUUAGUCCCAGCCCCAACAGGCCUCCAAGAAUCCCCAAUCCCGAAACGCUAACCAGGCGAAAAACGUUAACCAGAUCGGUUUACUCCAAGCCGAAAUCGCGGUUUGGUGAACCGUCGUCUGUGAUCGAUCACAGCAUGUUGGAUAAUAUGCAUGAGCCAGUUGUCCAGACAUCAAACUCACCUUCACCUAUAAGGAUUAUGUCAAAUCGGGCCUCGCCUACAGCAGCAAGCAACACUGCUGCUUCUCCACUUGGUACACCGUCGAGGGAGACGACGAGAACGAUUUCCAUAACUCCGAAGACUCCGUUAAUGGCCUCACCUGGAGGUGCAGGGGGGGUUGAUGAGGAAGAAGAGAUUUAUAAGAAGGUGAAGAUAAGAAAGAAGCUAGAGUAUCAGAGGGUUAGGAUGAAAGUUCUGUUUGAAUGGAUAGUGUUUCUAUUGCUUUUAGGUUGUCUAGUUGCUAGCUUGACGGUUAACGAGUUGAAGCGUUAUAAAAUCUGGAGCUUGGAGUUAUGGAAAUGGCUUGUGCUCAAAACGGUCAUCAUUUGUGGUAUGUUAGUUACCAAUAAGCUUAUGCAUUUUAUCGUGUUGUUGAUAGAAUUGAACUUCUUGUUGAGGAAAAAGGUGUUGUAUUUUGUUCACGGGUUAAAGAAGAGCGUCCAAGUAUUGAUUUGGUUGAUUGUUGUUCUUGUUACUUGGACAUUAUUGUUUAAUUGCCAACAUGUUGAAAGAUCAAAAACCGCCACCCGAGUUUUGGAUUAUGUUACUUGGACUAUCGUUUCCUUGUUGGUUGGUGCGGUUUUGUGGCUAAUAAAGACGUUAUUGCUUAAAAUCUUGGCGACGUCAUUCCACGUCAGCAAUUUCUUUGAUAGAAUUCAAGAAUCAAUCUUUCUUCAGUAUGCUCUUUUAACGCUAUCGGGCCCACCGGUUAUGGAAUCCUUACAAAUGGUUGAGGCGAGUACAAGCACGAGUCAAUUGAGUUUUCAGGUGAAGAGAAAAGGAAAAGAAGCGAAGACGAAAGAAGUGAUUGAUGUAGGAAAACUUCAUCAAAUGAAAAGAGAAAAAGUGUCUGCUUGGACUAUGAAAAUGUUGGUUGAUGUGAUAUCGAGUUCUGGGCUCUCGACGUUUUCUGGCGAACUUGAAGAAAGUGCUUAUGAUGGGCCGAGUGAAUCUGCGGAUAAGGAAAUUACUAAUGAGAUGGAAGCAAUUGCUGCUGCUUAUCAUAUUUUUCAAAAUGUUGCUCAGCCUGGUUCUAGAUACAUUGAAGAUCUGGAUUUAAGAAGAUUUAUGAUCAAGGAAGAAGUAGAUAUUGUGUUUCCAUUGAUCGAUGUGGCUGAUAAAGGACAUAUUGAUCGGAAAACAUUAACAGAAUGGGUGGUAAAGGUUUACAAGGAGCGGAAAGCAUUAGCGCAUGCUUUAAGUGACACGAGGACAGCAGUAAAACAAUUGGACAAGCUUGUUACAACUGUCUUGAUUGUUGUAGUUUUCGUUGUGUGGCUUCUUUUAACAGAAAUCGCUUCAACCAAAGUACUUGUUUUACUCUCAUCCCAGCUUGUCGUAGCUGCUUUCAUAUUUGGAAACACUUGCAAGACCAUUUUUGAAGCUAUCGUGUUUGUUUUCAUAAUGCACCCAUUUGAUGUUGGUGACCGUUGUGUUGUUGAUGGGGUUCAGAUGAUAGUUGAAGAGAUGAAUAUCCUAACAACGGUUUUCUUGAGAUAUGAUAACGAGAAGAUAUAUUAUCCCAAUGUGGUUUUGUCUACAAAGCCCAUUAGCAAUUUCUAUAGAAGUCCAGAUAUGGGAGAUGGUGUGGAAUUCUCUAUUGAUUUUGCAACAUCUUUUGCGCAAAUCGCGCAAUUGAAAGAAAAGAUAAGAAAGUAUUUGGAGAAGAAUCCCCAGUUAUGGCACCCAAAUCACAGUUUAGUUGUGAAGGAGAUUGAAAAUGUGAACAAGAUAAAAAUGGCCCUUUAUUUCACUCAUACCAUGAAUUUUCAAGAUUUUGGUGAAAAGAACAGGAGAAGAAGUGAAUUGGUGUUAGAGCUAAAGAAGUUCUUUGAAGAGCUAAAUAUCAAAUGUCAUCUCCUUCCCCAAGAAGUUCAUCUGCAUCAUCCGGAAAUAACAUCCGGGCAUACCAAAUAAUCACAAAACUCGUGUUUAAAGGUCUAUAUUUCUUUCUUUCUUAUGUAUGAUAUUUAAAAGCCACAACUUUUGAUUCUCCAUGUAGUUCAAUAGAAUCUAAGAUACCAGAAGAAGGGAGAAUCUUGUGAACUAGAACUUUGUGACAAUGACAAUAAGUAUAUAAGCA